ACUGAUUGAUAUAGACGUGCUUUGUUGCUAUAUAUGAGACUCGUAAAGUUGUAACUAUAGUGUUUUUUUUUGUCAAAAAUAUUAGCAAUGAAUGUGGAUGUAGUCAACGAAAACGACCAAGAUGCUGAUUUUGAAGUUAUCGAAGAGGAGAAGAAAAUUUUUCAUAAUAUUAUAGCAGCCUUCAAGCACUAUCGUGCUAAUGCAUUAGACCAUGUAACAAGGAAAGAAGCAUAUAUCAAUUCACUGCCAGAGAAACAUCAGGAUAUGCUAGUGAAAUACCGUGAGCUUUUACAGAAAGUACGCUACUGUAUUGAUGCAAACCAUAAAGUUAUCAAGCACAUAAUUCAGGAUGCAGACUCUUUAUUCUACAAUGACAAUGAUAACGUGCAACAGAUGAAACCAAUGAUGCCAGCUAAAGUACGCUGUCAGGAUAUUACGAAGGUCCAAGUUACGCUAAAACAGAUUGUUCGCGAUUGGAGUACCGAAGGACAAACAGAGCGUGAUCAAUGCUACAAACCUAUAGUCGAUGAAAUUACCAGUUUCUUCAAUCCUCAGAAAUGUAAUGUAGCGAAUAUAAAAAUUUUGGUACCUGGCGCUGGUCUAGGGAGACUUAUUUAUGAAAUAGCUUAUUGCGGAUAUUAUUGCGAGGGAAAUGAAUUCUCUUUAUUCAUGUUAAUUGCCUCUAAUUUCGUAUUGAAUCGUUGCGUUAUCGAGGACCAAUGUACAUUCUAUCCCUGGGUUCACCAGUACGUAAAUAAUCUCUAUAGAAAUAAUCAAAUCGAGUCCGUCACAUUUCCAGAUGUGAGUCCUACUAAAUUUCCGCCUAAGGGUACCAUGAAUAUGGUUGCAGGUGACUUUCUACAAGUAUACCGAGAUGAAGACUAUUGGGAUUGCGUGGCAACCUGCUUCUUCAUCGAUUGUGCAAAUAAUAUUAUUGAAUUUGUGGAGGUUAUCUACAACAUUCUGAAACCAGGCGGCAUUUGGAUCAAUCUCGGUCCACUAUUGUACCAUUUUAGCGACGUGCCGCACGAGAACAGUAUAGAACCGACCUAUGAGGACUUGAUAGUUAUAGUGCGUGCCUGUGGGUUUAAUAUCCUCAAAAAUCGAACCGAUGUGAUGACCAAGUAUGCUCAAAAUCCCUUUUCAAUGCACCAAAGCGAGUACAAGAGCAUCUAUCUUGUAUGUCAAAAACCAGAUAGUGUUAUCGGAUAGUAAUCGUAUUUUUAUUUAUAUUACAAAAUUUAUAAUAUCUGUAAAAUUACAUUGGUAAUUCAAACAAUUUUGCUUUACAGCCGUUGAAUGAGGCCUACUUAAAUGAAUAGUUAGGAAGCUUUUUCCGAUAUUAAAAAUAGAUUAUAUGGAAUUUAUUGAUACUAAGGUUUCCAGAGUAUUUGGCGAUUGAUAGAAUUAUAGAACUAUUUUAUCUAUUCGUAAAAGGUAUUUAGAGUUUAAAAAAAUUGAAGCAUGGAGCACCACCGACGUUUAGAAACAAACAUGACAAAAUACAAUCAUGUAGUUUGUAGAAGUAAAAAGACUAAUGAAAUAUCAGCUUAGUGACUAACAGUCUAGUAACACUCGAACCUUAAAAAUGUAGUAUGGAUAAUAAACGUGUGUG